AUGAACGAAAUCGUUCUCUUUCGGCAUGCGAGUGCCAUCCAUCUUCAUUCUUCACAUUCACAUCAUCUGAGACCGAAAUUGGAACGUCGAUGGAAUCUUGAUCCCUUAUUCUUCCAUAAAUCCCUUUUCACUCUCCCAACAUGGACGAAGAUUCGUUGAAGCGCAGCACCGAUUGCGUUUAUUUUUUGGCCUCUCCACUCACUUGCAAGAAGGGGGCUGAAUGUGAGUAUCGCCACAAUGAGAUUGCGAGGCUAAACCCUAGGGAUUGCUGGUACUGGCUAUCUGGGCAAUGCCUUAAUCCAACGUGUGCUUUUAGACACCCUCCAUUGGAUGGUCAUACUGGAGUGCCAGUGCCAUCUGAACCUACGCCAACUUCAUUACCUGCAAACAAGACAAUGGUUCCCUGUUAUUUUUUCUUCAAUGGAUUUUGCAAUAAAGGUGAUAGAUGCUCAUUUUUGCAUGGGCCUGAAGAUAGCAUUUUUACUGUAAAACCUGUGAAGAAUGACAAUGGAAGCACUAAUGCACUCAACCUAGAAAAUAAAACAUCAUCAGGAAAUAGAACAGGUACAGCGUCAAUACCUAUUGACCAAUCUUUAACUGCUCCAAAGAAUUUGUCUGAUUCUAAGCUUCAGCCUAAGGAAAAUCUUCAGCUACAAUUACCCAAAAAUGUCAAGCAGCAAGGCAAUUGCGUAGAGUUAUCUGCUUUAGAAUAUAAAGAAGCUGCUGUGAGUAGGUCAGACUCUCCGUUUCCAGAUGAUGGCUUUGUUCAUAAUGUAUCUCAUUUAUGCACUGAGCAGAGUUCAGAGGAGCAAGUAAAUAGUCACAUAGAGCCUGAGGAGCGGUGGGAAUCAUCCCCUCAUUCCCCUGGAUUUGAUGUUCUUGUUCAUGAUGAAUUGGAGAACAUGGGUUACGAGGAAGACUCUGAAUAUUUACCAGUGCUUGAUAGGGAUGAGCAAGAGCUGAAUGAGCAGUACUUGGGGUAUGAAUUUAAAGAGCCAGUUGAGUAUGAUACUAUGUGCCCAGAAGCUGAUAUUCUGUAUGAACAGGAAACAUAUGAUGGUUACAGAUGUUUGGAUAGGGAUCUUACUCAUGCUAAUGGAAGAGCAGUUCAUGCUUAUUCCAGAGAUAUAUUCUUAGAUUCUUUAUUGUCCAGGAAAAGGAUUCGGAUGUCAGCUGAGAUGGCUGCUUAUGACCAGAAGUUAGAUCUACGUGACCAUCUGAGGAGACGUAGAGAAAUUAAUGGUCCUCCUGUUACAGGUUUCUUAAGGCAAGAAUCACCUUCUUUGAUGGUUCGAAACCAGGAAAGGCAUCAGAGGCAUGAUAUUGAGCAGCGGCCAAGUAGAAGAUUGACGUCACAAUUGGGAUAUAAUGCCAUAGAUUCGAUUGGAGAGGUUGAAAAUCUUUCAAUUGCUAACAAGCACAAGUUAUUCAGGCCUUCCCAGCAAAAUAGACCAAGGAAGCAUUAUAGAGAAAAACUAACUAAACGGCCGUUUCUUUCAUCUAAAAUAUCCAGGAAACCAGUUUUAAGACAACGGGGAUUUAUUCACGAGUCCACUACAUUUUCAGGACCCAAGACUCUUGCAGAAAUUAAAGAAGAGAAGAAGAAGGCUGAAGAAAGUUUACAUUGUAAAAGCACAUCAACUGAUUUCCAGGAUCCCAAACCUCUGAGUGAAAUUCUCAAGGACAAAAGGACCAUGGAUCAGUGAGACAUGGCAAAACAUGCAACAAUUGAAUUAUGAGAUUAAAGUGACUAAUGAUUUCAAGAGACUAAUAUUUUUACCGGAGAUAAAGGAUAAAUUUGAGUGAUGGCGGUGCUUUUUUUUGCAUCCUUUCCGUGCUAGGUACAAUGACCCCUGUUAUUGCCAUUGGUAGACAAUGAUAAAGUUUUUGUUCGAGUGAGUGGAAGAAGGUUAUGCGGGUCCGAGACGGAUAAGAUAGAUAUUAGACAACCAGUGUUUUGACUAGAAAAUUUAUCUUCUGUAGUUAGUUGAUUCGGACCGAGACGUCUUAAUCUGGAGUGGAUUGCUGAUUUACAUGAAUUUUAUCUGUGAUUUUGGCCUACAUGUUUUUCUGUACAGAGCUGCUUAAAAUACUCCCUGCUAUAUCUUGGUUUGGACAAUGCUUUUGGUAUAUUAUGGUAUUAACUGUCCCAACAUUCUGGAUUUUGACAA